CAAAGCUAAGGUUAUUGAUAAGCGUAGUGAAGAGCAAAUAUUUUAUGCUUAUAAAAUUUAGAAAACAUAUUGAGACGAGUCAAAGAACAAAAUCCGUAGGAGGGCGGGUCAGGCGGACGGAUCUAACCCGCAAAAUAUAGUAGUUAAAUUGGGACGAAGCAAGUUAUAUAAUACAACAAUGUUGAAGGCAUAGAUAACAGAAGGGCUUAUUUAUAAUUACAAGAAACAUUAUCAAUCAUAAACCCUAAAGCCCUAAAAUAUUUUGUAUAAGAGCAGUCACAGAGGCUGCAUCUAUCGUCACGACCGCACAUCUCUUUCAUUUGCCUUCGUUUAUUUUCUUCUCUCGUCUCUCGUUUACUCUGUAGCAAAUAUGAGACCUCCUCUUACAGCCGGGCGUGGUGGCGGUGGAUUCAGAGGUGGAAGAGAUGGAGGCGGAGGAGGGUUUAGGGGUGGACGAGGAGGCGGUGGAAGAGGAUUUGGCGGAGGCCGUGGAGGACGCGGUGACAGAGGCGGUCGAGGUGGACGCGGUGACAGAGGCGGUCGUGGUGGACGCGGCGGUGGAAGAGGAGGAAUGAAAGGAGGAAGCAAAGUGAUUGUGGAGCCUCACAGACACGCAGGAGUGUUCAUUGCUAAGGGUAAAGAGGAUGCUCUUGUCACUAAGAACUUGGUUCCUGGUGAAGCCGUGUACAAUGAGAAGAGGAUCUCUGUUCAGAACGAAGAUGGAACUAAAGUUGAAUACAGGGUUUGGAACCCUUUCCGCUCCAAGUUAGCUGCUGCUAUUCUCGGUGGUGUUGACAACAUUUGGAUGAAACCCGGUGCCAAAGUUCUUUACCUCGGUGCUGCUUCUGGAACCACUGUCUCUCAUGUGUCUGAUCUUGUUGGCCCUGCAAGAAUCUUAGCCCUGAACGCAUCAUUUUUCCUCAAAACUGGAGGACACUUUGUUAUCUCAAUCAAGGCAAACUGUAUUGACUCUACGGUUCCAGCAGAAGCAGUGUUCCAGAGCGAGGUGAAGAAGCUGCAGCUAGAGCAAUUUAAGCCUGCAGAACAGGUUACCCUUGAGCCCUUCGAGCGUGACCAUGCCUGUGUUGUUGGUGCUUACCGCGUGGCCAAGAAACAAAAGGCUGCAGCUACAUAGAAAGAUACUUCUGUACAAUUGUGGACCAGUGUGACCAAACCGUAGCGUGUUUCUUUUGGUUUGGCUUCUUGUUGUAUUAAGUUAAAAGAUUGAUAUGCUUUUAUGUCUCGUGUUUGGAUAUUGAAUCUUUUUGAUAAAGAAGCACUGAUAUUAUCUAACAUUUCAUAGAAGAUAUAAUGGUUUGGCCUUCCAUUUCACCAGUCUAAGAUCAAGAACACUUGCAAUUUCACUCGCUCAAGAACAAAGCAUUAAAG